CUUUUCUUUGUUGAUGGGACCAGUUCAAUUUGCAUUCAACAGUUAAUCGUAUCGUGAAAUGGGAAAGGGAACAUCAAAUGCCACUCUAGCAAAACUGGUGAGGUAUGCAAUAAAGAUGGACCUUGAGCUAAUAAGACGUGUACAGGGUUGUGCGGGCUCAAGCGUGAGCAAGCAGCCCUUUCCUCUGGAGCUUUUUUUGUUGAAAAAUAAAUUUUAAAGCAACUAAAGUGUGUUGGUUGUUAGCUGGAAAAUCCACUAGCUGUGGGGAAAGUUUUUUCCCAGCGUGAACAAGGCUUUUUACCAUUUCAGUCUUUUGGACGGUAUAAACCCAGACGGACGGUUGUGGCUGUAGCGGUGUUCGUUUCUUUAGUUUCAUACGAUAUUUUGUUGACCUGUUGAGCCAGUUCUUUCUACGCCUAAGAUUCUAACUAACUACGCGAUUGUGUUGGUUUUUAGAUACAAAUUAAAGAUGAAGGUGCUCCAGUUACUUCUAGUUCUCUCUACGCUCUACGUUGCAGGAUCUGCAAUGCCCGUAUCUGAUCCACAACUUUUACUAGGACGGCCACCUUUCUUCCCGAGGCCACACAGACCUCGGCCUGGUGCUUUUUUCCCUGGUAUGUUUGGUAACGUUCAACAACAACAACCAGCAGUUCCAGCAACACCCGCUGUUGCAGCUGAAACUCCCAAGUCUCCAGAAGGAGCCGAUCCACAAUCACCAGAUCCAGCAACUCCUGCCGUGAGUCCUACUGGAGAAGUUGCAGUUCCUAAAAAUCCUGGAUCUCUGUUUACCCCAGGAGCCUCAAUGGGAUCCAACACGGAUAUUAAUGGACUUCUUGGAAUUUUGAACGGUGGUCAACUGGGAUCCGCCACAGCUGGAGGAGCAGGCAACGGAGCUGUGCAAGAUGGAGCUGCCAUUGGCCAAGGAACUGGCAUUGCCAAUGUUGGACCAGGUGGAUUCGGCAUAGGUCUUGGAAUUGGAGGAGCCAUUGCAACGCCGCUAGGCAAUUUGGCGUUCGGCCAAGGCGACAGUAUAGCCGUUGGAAAAUAACUGUGAGCUUCUUUGACCUUCUGAAGCAAUGCCCUGUCUGUAGAUGGGAUAGCGGUGCAAAGACAAAUUACGGCAUUCCUACAAUGCUGGACAUUUCUGACAAGAAAACGUUUAUUCAUUUUAAAUUAUUAUUCAACGUGCAGAAACACAAUUUUUCACCGUCCACCAUUACCAAUGAACGUUACAAAAUACAACCCUCGGAAACUA